CCAACAUUUGAUAUAUUUAAAAAAAAAAACAAAACACAGGUAGAAUGCACCCGCUGUGUCCAUGGAGACAGGCCAAGGGAGCCGAGCUCCAGCCCAAGGCACUAGGGUGCCAGGAUGGCGAAGAUGUCAGCUUCCUUAAUCCAGACAACUGUCCAGGCUGUGAGCAAGAGGAAACUGCAGCCCACCUGGGCCACCCUCACCCUGACACCUCCAGCAGUAAACAAGAUAAAACAACUUCUUAAAGAUAAGCCUGAUAAGCCUGAGCAUCUAGGUGUAAAAGUCGGUGUCCGAACCAGGGGCUCUAAUGGCCUUUCUUAUACUCUAGAAUAUACAAAGAUAAAAGGAGAUUCUGAUGAAGUUAUUCAAGAUGGAGUCAGAGUAUUCAUCAAAAAGAAAGCAAAGCUAACACUUUUAGGAACAGAAAUGGACUAUGUUGAAGACAAAUUAUCCAGUGAGUUUGUGUUCAAUAACCCAAACAUCAAAGGGACUUGUGGCUGUAUAGAAAACUUUAAUAUUUGAAAUCUCAAGACUCUUCUGGCCGUAGGUUCCAGGAAAGCUCGGGGAAGCCUUGGGGCUCACUGCAGAAAUCAUGUGACUAUCAUGUGCUUAAUGUGCUGCUACCUUGUAAGGAAAAUAAAGUGAUGUAUCUUGAAAAUGAAGCUAGUGUGUUAGAUCCCAGAAGAAAUGUUUGUAUUCUCAUUAGGGGACAAAAAAUGAGAAGCCAUCACUCUCUUUGGAUCAUUUAGGUCUCUUGCAUCCUUUGUUUUAGAACCAGUUUCAUUAAAGUUGCCUUCCUGGGCACCUGUUUAUCCAUUUCCUGAACAGUGUGCACUCCUUAACUCUCUACUGAAUGGCUUGAAUAUGCAUCCCCCUCAGCAUUUCUCCCAACCAGAUCAGUGACUCCUAAAAUCUGAGACAGGACGUCCUGAUUGCUGGUAGUAACAUGAUGGUGCAUUGUCUUUCCACCCAAACUUAAUAAAGCCUUUUUAUAUAUUUUUAUGAAAAAUUUCAUUGUCAGAUGCCUCACUGCAUACCCUUUAAUAGUACCAGGCAAAGAUUUUCUUCAACUAUAGUACA